AUGCACCACCCGACCACGACCAGAUACCAGGAGGACGCAGACGCAGAUGGAUGGGCUGAGACCCGGGUGUCUGCGAUGCGUGUGGAGCUCCAGGCGUGGCGCUCCCAGGAGCAGCGCCUGCACGUGGCCCUCCGCUCCGAAGCGGCGCUCUGCCAGGCCCUGCGCGAGCACGUGAAUCUGGAGGAGGCGGCACGCUGCAGGGCGCAGGAGGAAGCCGUGUCCGAGCGGAGAAGUGAGGAGGUGGUUGCCCAGAGAUCGCAGCAGGUGCGCAGCGCCGUGGCGCGAGCCAGACAGGGCACUGAGAAGUUGGCAGAGCUGAUGGGCGUGCUACGCCAGGCUCAGUCCUUAGCACCCAGCUUGCAAGAGGAAGUCGAGAAACUGGAGCUAGAAGAGCGUCAAGCACAAGUCUCCAAAUGGUGGGCCGAGAAACGUUGGCAGGACGCAGCGCGUGACCUGAAGCUCUUGGAAGAUCAGCGACAAGAAGUGUGGCUUGAAGAGAAGGAAACCCAACUCCGCAUGGAGGAGUUUUCGGAGCAAUUGACGGCCUGUCAGGAUAAGUCUGUGGAGAUGUGCCGCAAGCAGAUGCAGAUGCGAUUGGAGCUGGACGAGGAGCAUCGACAGACUCGGCGACUGCAGCGCUUCAGGACACCUCGCGAUGAGAGGAUGCAGGAGACGCUGCUGCGGCAUAAGUCCUAUGCCUUCGCCCUGGCUGCUAACGAUGGGGCGCCACCAGGUUAG